AUUCAGAAUAGUUGAAACUGAUGCUGACGGAUUAUUAAUUAUGGAGUAUAGGGCCGGUCUUGAAAAUUCAUAGGCCUGGGCCAAAACUAGAAAAAUCCUAAAAAUCUUAUCCUUAUGGUCUAACAAAUUAACACAUGUAAACAAAUUAUAUUUAAAUACCCCGGAGACAUUGGUUGUUUCACCCAAAAAUGGUUCUUGUCGUUGGGAUAUGUUUCGCAGCUUGUGCUGGUUUCUGGCUCAAAGCAUAUAAUUCGUCCAAUCAGUUAAACUCGCACGAGGUUGAUUCUACUUCAAAGGACAACGGUGACAGAUUGAUUGACAAGAAUCUAAGUGUUCAUAAUGCGGAGGAUCGCAUUAGUGAUUUGCCAGAUGAGCUUUUAUCUCAGAUUUUCUCGCAUCUUUCACCGCUAGACGCCAUAAAAAAGAGUGCACUAUCAAGAAGGUGGAGAUAUGUAUGGUUAACCUUGCCCUGCCUUAACCUAGAUUGGUGUGAUUUGUCUGGUUUCCGUGGAAUCUUUCAUUCAAAUGAUUGUGACCUGUAUAAGGCAGUAUAUGUGAAGAAGGCGGACCAAAUCUUACAGCGGUUCAAGAACCAAAGCAUCUCUUCUUUUCGCCUUUCUUUUUGCUUUGAUAGGAAGCAUGCUAGCAAUGUUGGUAAGUGGAUCAACUUUGCUGCUGAAAAGCAUCUAGAAAGUCUUAGCCUCCAGUUUAUUUGCACAGACGAAUCUUUCUCUAGACUUGAUUGCCAUUAUGAUGAGUUCUAUGUCAUAUCUGGUUCGUUUCUCUCACGAAUCCCGUAUUUGAAGAAUCUGCAUCUAGACUCGUGCAGGUUAAAGCUUCACAGUAAUUUCACGUUGAACAGGCUAAAAACCUUGGACUUAAUUUAUGUGCAUAUAGAGGAGACCGGAUUGCAGUCUAUUCUCUCUAGACUGUCCACCAUUGAGUGGUUACAAUUGAGAUAUUGCACUAAUCUCCCUAGUAAAUUAUGCAUUGGUGCAAAUUUACAGUGUCUGAGCUUCCUCAUGGUCUCCAAUUGCCCGGAUGUGCAAGAAAUAGAACUCGGUGCCGAAAACUUGAAGACCUUUGAAUUUGUUGGUAAAGUAGCCUUGAAAUGCUCUUUCAUCAGCACCCCUAAUCUGGAAAGAGUCUAUGUCUCUUUGACGGAUAGGGUAAACAGUGGAGCAGCAGGUUUGUUCAAAGACCUCGGGAAUCAUAUUCCAAGCCUCAAAGCUCUAUUCCUCAGAGGAGAAUAUCCUCUGAUAAAUACACUACCAAAAGACCCACAAUUGUUAUUUCAGUCGGUCUUGAGGUUAGAGCUAUAUACGAGGCACGAUGAUCUAAAAGUUGAUGCGUUUAUGGCCCUACCUUGCCUUCUAAAAUCCUUUCCUCUUCUGGAGAAGCUUUACUUGAAGAUGCCAUAUCAAACAGGGGCUAGAAGAAAUGAGCUCCCGGCGGUCCAAUUCCAUGCAAAUUUGAAGGAGAUCGAAUUUGGUUACUUUGGGUAUUGCUGGGUAGAGUAUGCUAGCUAUUUGUUGAGUUGUGCAACAGGCUUGGAACGCAUGGUGAUUAGUCGACAUCAGAAGGGCUAUGUAGGAUGUGGGAAAUGGACUAGUCUCACUGAUCCCAUGGGUAAGAAAGAAUCCCAUCGGAUCUAUAUUGCUUUGCUGGGAAAGGCUGCAUCUCCUAAUGUAAAGGUGAUCAUCCAUUAUGAUAGUGGUCUCUCUCCAGGAGGCUUUUAUCUCAUUUGAUUCUUUGAUUAUACUUGUCUUCUCCAUCUUUUGUACCGUCCCUUAAAGUUCUUCCCAUUUUUGACUUUUAGGUAAAUUAAGCCAAGGCCCGUCUCUAAAGUUCCCAUCCUACACAAAAAAGAAAUCCAGGUCGACUGAACAAGUCGCCAAAUCGGAAAACUGCAAGUAGAGAGACGCCGCCGCCGCCGCAGAGUCAAGACACCGCCGGACGCCGAGCCACCAGCCUCCAGGAUAUAUUAAUUUAUUUUUUCUUCUAAUAAUAUUGCAUUAAUUAUUACUCCGGGGUAUUUAAAUAUAAUUUGUUUACAUGUGUUAAUUUGUUAGACCAUAAGGAUAAGAUUUUUAGGAUUUUUCUAGUUUUGGCCCAGGCCUAUGAAUUUUCAAGACCGGCCCUAUACUCCAUAAUUAAUAAUCCGUCAGCAUCAGUUUCAACUAUUCUGAAUAUACAUGUUUAUCGUGUUUUUAACUUUGUAUUGUGAUUAUUUUUCCUCGAAUGAAGAACAACUGUUUUU